AAAAAACGACGUCGAAUUUUGUUUCCGAAGCGAACGACAGAUGAAUUGGAAAGGCGGUUCAGGAACCAGAAGUACCUGACGACUCCAGAGAGGGAACAACUCGCCAAGUCUCUCAACUUAUCUGCCAACCAGAUCAAAAUCUGGUUUCAAAACCAUCGGUACAAACAAAAGAAA